AUGCGCAUCGGAGACCAGAGCCACGAGUGGCCGCCGGACAAAGAGAGCCACGCUGCACCCCGCUUCGAGCCUACGGACAGUUGUAACCGAGCAGGCGGAGGUGAUGCGGCUGCAAGAGCUCAUGCAUCGUGUGAUAAAUCUCCCCGUGAAACGAAAACGGGGCUGCGGAGGCAUAAUCCGAAUGCAGCAACUUGUUCCGAGGCACACAUUGUCCGGUCCCGUCGCACGAGCACAGUUCAAUUGGCUCCUUCCCACAACAGCGAUACCUCGGCAUGA